AUAAUAUAAGCAUUGCGCAAUAAGUUGGCUUAUACAUAUAUCGUGUGAAUUUUUCAGUUUCCAAAUGCCCGUACGCUCUUUCGCUCAUCUGAUCAAAGUCUGCCAAUUAUAUAUGUCAUCUGACGGAGGGAGUCCUGGCCGUAACUACAGCAAUGAUGAUGAGGAACAACAACAACAAGAAAAAGAUUUACCCGAGCUUUAUCUACACGUACUGAAAGGUGAUUUGAAAGCUGUUAAAGAGCUCGACCAAGACCGAUUAAAACAUUUGAUUACACGACCGAUGACCGGAGAAAGAGAAAGCGUUCUCCAUAUCGCGGCCUUAGCAAAACAGGAGAAGAUCUUAGAAUACCUUGUGGAGCAUAUUGUGGACGAGGCCUGCCAAUUAGAGGUUCAGAACAAGAAGGGUAUCACGGUCUUAUGCUAUGUGGCUAUUACUGGCAAUGUGAAAAUGGCUAAAAUGAUUUAUAAGAAAAAAUACCUACUACAGUCGACGACGACACAAGGAGCAGGUCCUACAGUUAGCGGUGUAGAUGGCACCAAAACACCACUUUAUUUUGCUGCUCUCUUAGGACACCGUCCGAUGGUUGAUUACCUUUACCAAUACGGUGAGUCUGCAGUCGGAGUCGCAGUCGGAACAUGGACUAUGGACUCAAAGAUUGCGUUUCUCAAUAUCUGCAUCCAUGCCGGAUUUUAUGAUGUGGCAUUACGCAUACCUUUGGAUCAGCAAAAUGUUGGAUCUAAUCGAGCAGAUAUGACAAGUAAUAAUGAAGUUACAUCAUUCCACAAUCAACAAAAUUCAGAGUCAUCAAGAAAUAUUAGAAAGAGCAUGAUGAUUUUAGCUCAAAAUCCUAUGCCAGAUGACAACGAUGGAUUACUUAAUGCAGGCAUAAUGGGAAGUUGCUGCAAGGGGAAACUAAGGAAACAACGUGAUAAUUGUCGUGAAUUAAUAAAGAAACUUCUCCCACUGGCCUACAAUGAUCCCAAAUGUCAUGAAGCAACAUGCCUACUAUUUCAAGCAGCGAAUUCUGGGAACACUUUAAUGGUGGUUGAACUGAUAAGGCGCAAUCCAGAUAUAGUUUGGAAAUCGGAUAAAAAACACGGAAGUAUAUUUCAUUUAGCAGUUGAAAAUCGUUAUGAAGGAAUAUUCAAUCUUCUUCAUGAAUUGGGCUCAAUUGCAGACAUGAUCGUAAAUGAAGAGAUCAUCAAUUCUGAAGAGGAAAGAAAAAACAUAUUACAUUUGGCUGCAGAAUUAUCACCUCUCAGCAAACGUAAUCGUUUAUCUGGAGCAGCUCUUCAAAUGCACCGGGACGCCUUAUGGUUCAAGGAGGUAAAAAAGAUGGUUUACCCUUCACUCAUGAAAAUGACAAAUGGCCAAGACAAAACACCAGAAGAGGUAUUUGUAGAGAAACAUGAAGGCAUGAGAAAAGCUGGGGAGAAAUGGAUAAAAGAUACCGCUAAAUCCUCAAUGAUUGUUGCAACACUUAUUGCUACAGUUGCUUUCAGCGCUGCCUUUAGUGUCCCUGGAGGAUUUGACCAAAAUUCUGGAAAACCUAUUCUUUUGAGCCAUUCAUUUUUUUUGGCUUUCUCUCUUGCUGAUGGAAUAGCUUUAUUUUCAUCUGCUCUCUCAUUAUUGUUCUUCUUAUCAAUUCUCACCUCUCGAUAUGCAGUGAAUGACUUCCUCAUUUACUUGCCAUUGAAAUUGAUGAUUGGAAGCACAUCACUUUUCAUCUCAAUAGGAGCCAUGGCCAUAUCUUUUGGUGCAACAUUUAUUCUAUACAAUGAAUUUCUUGAAGGGACAACUGUCAUCUAUUUUCUCUAUUUUUCAUUCCCCUUUCUACCAAUAGUAUAUGUUUGCUUGAACUAUUUUAUCUUUCGUGAUAUGAUAAGUUCAGCCUUUGCUUUCUUUUCUCUCUUUCAGCCUCGCCAACGCCAACUAUUCUAUUAGAUUUGCUAUUAAUAUUUGCAAAAUGAAUCUAAAUAACAGUCUGUGUAUUAUAUUAGCAUUGUUGUUAUUUAUGUUGUAAAAUGUAGUACUGAUUUGAUGUAUUAUGUGUGAAAUUAAUGUUAUGAACUUUAUUUACUA